AUGGCAGGUAAGAAAGUGCUCAUCGUCUACGCGCACCAGGAACCCUGGUCUUUUAACGGAUCCUUGAAGAACGUGGCGGUAGAGGAGCUAACAAGACAGGGCUGCCAAGUCACGGUCUCUGAUUUAUACGCCAUGGACUUUGAACCCAGGGCCACGCGGAGAGAUAUCACUGGUGCUCUCUCCUAUCCCAAGCGCUUCAGUUAUGCGGUGGAAGCCUAUGAAGCCUGCAGGAAAGGGUCUCUGGCUAGAGACAUAAUGGACGAGCAGAGGAAGGUUCAGGAAGCUGACUUAGUGAUAUUCCAGUUCCCGCUGUACUGGUUCAGCGUGCCGGCGAUCCUGAAAGGCUGGAUGGAUAGGGUGUUGUGCCAAGGCUUUUGCCCCAUCGACCUCCCAAAAUGCUAUGAAUCUGGCUUCAUCAAGGAUAAAUUAAGCCUCCUUUCGCUCACCACCGGGGGCACAGCGGAGAUGUACUCGAAAACUGGAGUCAGCGGGGAUUUCCGGUACUUUCUGUGGCCCCUGCAGCAUGGUGCAUUGCACUUCUGUGGAUUCAAAGUCCUCUCGGAUCAGAUCAGUUUUGCUCCUGAGAGUGCAUCAGAAGAAGAAAGAAAGAAGAUGGUGGCUUCCUGGGCCCAGAGGUUGAAGAGCAUAUGGAAGGAAGAGCCCAUCAACUGCACAUCUCCUUGGUACUUUGGGGAAUAA